AUGCCUUCGCUGCUGCCAGCAGAUGGCUUGGCUGCGGCUGCUCUUAAGUUUGCCUGCUUUGCUGCUGCAUGCGUCUUCGUAGAGCUGCAACACGGGGCUCUUGCUGCUGCAGCACUUACAGCAGCAGCAGCAGCAGCCAGCACAGCAGUGUCGCUGCUUGUGCAGCAGCAGCAGCAGCAGCAGCAAGAGCUACAGGGGACGAACGGGCCUCUGAUGGCGCUUGCAGUUGCUGCUGCCACUGCAAAAGAGAAACCAGCAGCAGCAGCAGCAGCAGCAGCAAGAAGGACCCCGGCGCUGCUGCCGCACAUUCCCCUAGCUGCUGCGCUGCUGCUUGCCCCACCUGCUGCUGAGCUGGCAGCUAAGCUGCAGCGGCUGCUGCACCUUUUAAGCGCAGCAGAGACAGACAUGCCUCUGCAGCGGCAACCGCAGCAGCAGCAGCAGCAGCCGCAGCAGCAACAGCAGCGGUUACGGCACUUGCUGCUGGCGGAGGGAGCUGCUGCUGCUGCUGCGGGGGCAAAGCAGCAGCACCGAACGACAGACGCGAAGCAGCUGCAUGCGCUUUCACUGCAGCAGCAAGAGAGUGCUGACAUAUUGGCUGCGGAGGAAAAGGGCCACCUCGAGUGGGGAGCAGUAGGAGACGCCUCUGUGUUGCUGCUGGCAGCAGCAGCAGCAGCAGCAAGACUCAGCCCGUUGUCUACAGCAGCAGCAGCAGGUGCAGCAGCAGCAGCAGCAGCAGCGGCAGCGAACUACACCAGCUAG